UAAUAAACAGUACCUAUUGUGACUGAGAAUCUAAAGACACUCAGAAGUUUGCUUGUAUCCACGUUCAAUGGACAAAACCUUGGAUUGUCCACCUGCCACCUAGACAAGGAAAAGAGAGAAAAGAAAGCUUGUUUGGCUGUUCUGGAUGUUGAAAAGUCUUGAGAAAUAACCUGGGUAAGGUGAACUUCUGACAUGAUCAAUCUUCUAGAAUAAUUGAGGACUUAGCAACUAUUUCAUAGAUUUAUAUAUACACUUAAAGUAUUAGAAGAGGGAAUCUGCCAUUGUUAAUUUACUGAAAACAACCCUGCUUCCCAGAUCCAUGGAUCACAGUAGCUGCUUCCUACAUCUCUUCAGUGUAUCUUAAUCUUUCCUGAAAAUGUUUGAAAGAAACACUACCACUGUCACUGAAUUCAUCCUUCUAGGCAUCACAGAUAAUCCACAUGUGCAGAUCCUAUUUUUUGUAGUAUUCCUGAUGGUUUACCUGGUUGAUUUUGUGGGGAACCUAGGUAUGAUUCUUCUGAUCUCAUUCAGUGCUCAACUUCACAACCCAAUGUAUCUCUUCCUGUGGCACUUGUCCUUCUGCGAUAUCUGCUACUCAUCUGCUGUCACCCCUAGAAUGUUGUCUGACUUGUUAUCUGAAAGCAGAACCAUUUCUUUCCCUGGUUGCGUUACUCAGCUUUACUUCUUUGCUGUCUUUGUAGAUGUGGAGUGUUACAUUUUGGCAGUGAUGGCCUAUGACCGUUAUGUGGCCAUUUGCAAACCACUGUGCUAUUCCUCUACUAUGUCUAAGUCUCUCUGUAUCCGGCUCUUAUUUGGAUCAUAUAUUGCUGGCACAAUGAAUGCCAUCAUACACACAACAGCUACCUUCAACUUAUGCUUCUGCAGCUCUAAUCUUAUCGAUCAUUUCUUUUGUGAUGUUCCUCCACUCUUGGCAAUUUCUUGCUCUGACACGCAUGUCAAUGAGUUCCUGCUGUUUGUAUUUGCUGGCUUUGUUGGGAUGAGCUCUCUUUCAAUCAUUCUUGUGUCUUACAUCUUCAUCUUAGCAGCUGUCCUCAGAAUGAACUCUGCCUCUGGGAGACUCAAGGCCUUCUCUACCUGUGGAUCCCAUUUUACUGUGGUCAUUUUGUUCUAUGGGACUGCGAUUUUUGUGUAUCUACGGCCCUCUUCUGUUUAUUCCCUGGAUCGAGACAAAUGGGCCUCUGUGUUCUACACUGUGGUAAUUCCCAUGCUCAACCCCCUGAUCUACAGCUUGAGGAAUAAGGAUGUAAAAGAAGCUUUUACAAAAGUCAUCAAAAACAAGCUGAAUACUCUACUAAUGUGAGAUGCUAUAUUUAUCCCAACCCUUGCUUGUGUGUUUGUAUGUGUGUGUGUGAAAGAGAGAGAGAGAGGGAGAGAGGGAGGGAAAAAGGAAGAGAAAAUGAUCUAUAAUUUGAAUGUUGUUUUUCUGCAUUAUUUCUGCUCUUUUAUAUAUUGCUAUAAUGUUGUUUUAUUCUGUCUAUAUUGCUGAAUCACAUUUUUAUGUAAUUAUAUUUUAACUGUGCCAUCCGGGCUUGGCCCCAUGUAAGCUGCCCCGAGUCCCUUCAGGGAGAUAGAGGCAAGGUACAAAAAUAAAGUUGUUGUUGUUGUUAUUAUUAUUAUUAUUGCCACUUCUAAAUUAUCCUCAGAAUUCCAAUACCUAUCGAGCAAAAGAGUUCAACCACAGAUUUCUCAUGUAACUACCCGUAUGCAAUUUAUUUUGCAAUUUCAUAUUCAUUUGUAGUAAAUCAUAAGGUCAGCUGCAAAUAACAUCAGAAUAAGAAGUUUGUAGACUGCAGCUUGUCUUGUACUGGUUUCUCUCUCCUUCAUAAAAGAGUACAGCUACAGUUAGCAGUCAAUGUAGUACUUUGAUGUAGAUGUAACACAUCUAUAUUAAGACCUAGAAAGAUAAACCAGCUAUCCAUAUUGCAUAUUGUUUUGAGUAUUACCAUAUAUACCAUCUUAUACUUUUGAAAAUACAUUUGACAAUUUGUGUGAAUGAACAUACAGUAAUACUUGUUCCUGGCAAGAUCCUUUUAUGAGUUUCUAUGUAUAGAGAUAAAGGCACUACUGUUCUGAAUACAGUAAAAACUCAUGAAGUCUUUAUUAUGUAGAUCAUCUAUUUCACACGUACAAAAUCUCUAUCACAUAUUGAAGAGAAUGGCUGAAUGAGGGUACAUGUUUACUUACAUAUUGUAAGUAAUUCUGCUUCUGCCUUCCUAAUAAUAAAAAGCAUUGAUAUGGUUAUUGAAGCCUAGCAACUGUGAAUACUGCCUACUUCAAAUAAUUGCUUCAUGUUUUGUACACUCUGCAUCCAGAGUGUCUCUUUUUUAUAUUUCUCUAUUUUCUUGCAAAAUACAUAACUAAUAGGUCAUGUGUACUACAGCUAAGGUAUUACGUGCUAUGGACUUUGAAUGGGUUUCUCUGGCCCUUUAACUUUGGGUAUUUGUAGGUAAAACUGAUUGCUAUCCAGUACAAGUAUAUUUUAGUCAUUGGAAAAAUAUAUAUGGUUUCGAUAUCCCAGUAUGAAAGAUUAUCAUUCACAGAAGACUCCCUCAAAGAGCAGUUUCUUUCUAACAUCAUCGCCUUGAAAAUAAGUAAUAUCUUCAUCUCAAUUUUUCUUUCUAAUUAAUGUCUAUCUCACACCUUUCCAACUCUCAAAGCACUUACCUGUAUUUGGCUUUUUAAAAGUUUUGUAUGUUGAAGAGACUUUUAGGUGCAGGACUGCUGUUAUAUCAUCAAGAUGCAAUAAUUUAAACUUGUAACAACAACAACAACAAAAAACAUACAGAAACCAGCAAUUGUGGAUCCAAAACCAAUAUUUCAAUGGGAUAGUUGGUUUGAUUUAGCUUGGUAUAUGGUACAAUGCCAAUUUGUUUUUAAUCUUUGGUGAGAUCUCAGAUGAUUUUUCACCACUUCAUCCAGUCUGAUUGUUUUUCUGACAUGUACCUAACUUCUGCUACCCAACAAUCCCCUUACUUGCUAUUCGCACACAUGCAUCAAUAUUUGUUCUUGUAUGUUUUCCCUAACAUCUUCUCCUUAAUACCUUUAGGCAAAUCAAACUGGUCCAAGCUGAAGACUACAAAUGUACUUAUGUUUUUGAAAUAAAUUGUGUAUUCCGGUAACAUAGAUACUGUCUCAUUGCUUCAUUCCUUGUUCCCCUUUCCAGCAGCAUCUGACUGUCACGGAACAUUGUGAAAAUCGCAACAUGGUUAAUGAGUGUAUUACCAAAUGUGUCAAACAUUUAUUUCCCACUGU